CACUCACACAACAAACCACCGCGCCCCGAGCGAGUGAGCGCGACGCAACGACUGAGCGGCCUACGUGCACGAUGGGCGCGGGGCACGCGGGGCGGGGCGUGUGUCUUCAGUUCGUAUUUUACAACUCACAACUUCAGAAUGAGUCCCGAACUAGAACACUUGUGCUUUUGAUUUUAUUUCGUUCGGUUCGUUAUUCCGUUCAGUGCGGCAAUUUCAUAUCUCCUUGGUUGAGCCCCGUCCUCUGGGCACUUUGGAAACUGUCGCGGAUCCGCGGAUUUAUCUUGAGUACUUUAGUUGGUUUUAUCUGAAAUUCAGUGGCGCAGUGAGUUCCGAGCCCUGCGAGCAACGAGCAAAAGAGUUUAUGUGACUGGACCCGACCCAAAGCAAGUAUCGGGAAACACUUUCAACCCUCUGAAAUGAGUCUGAACGUUAGCGGGUCUGGUGCAAGGAUUACCCGAGAAUUCGAGCCCCGCGCGAGUGCCACAGCUCAACCCCAAGAAGUGCCUAAAAAGUAUCUUUUCUAGUGAAAGAUUGCGUAUCGUAGUUAACACUAUUCCGUUUUGAAUUUGCGAGGAGCCGAGCGCGGAUCUGUGUUUGGAGUUUUGUAGUUUUUAUGACCGCGAAUUGGCUUCGGUGUCGUCAAGGUGAUUUGCACGGAUUUUCCCAGAGUGGACUUGGAACUAAGAAGUUGUAUAAUAGUCGAACGGGACUCGGUGGCGCACCUGAAGAUAAUCCGUGAAACAUGGCGCACGGACUAAACUCGAUUAUCAAACGUGAAAUUGAUUGCGGUCACCACAACUCGAUUGGUGUUAUUAAUAAAUCAUCGAAUAUGGUUGGGAAUUCGGCGACAGCCACGGCGGCGGCCGUCCAGGCGAGUGCGAGCGGCGCAAGCGGUCCGGCCAGCCACAGUGGCGCUGGCAACGCCAGAAUGGGCUCGCGCCGCAUUUUCACGCCCCAGUUCAAGCUACAGGUCCUCGACUCGUUCCGGAACGACAGCGAGUGCAAGGGAAACCAGCGGGCAACUGCCCGGAAGUACGGCAUCCACCGGCGCCAAAUUCAAAAGUGGCUCCAGUGCGAGGAGAACCUACGCGCCUCGGUCGCCAAUUACAACCAGAACAACGUGAAACACCACCAAUUUCAUAAUAUCACGCAUCACCCGAUGACAGUGUCGCCGCCGUCCGUAGCGACCGCGAUUGGGGCCGCUUCAACGGCCGCCGCGACUACGCCAGCACCAGCAAUAGCUCAGGCCGUGGGUACGCAUACAGCGAGCGGCGCCUAUGUCCAUAACAAUAACAACAACAACAACCUACAUCAUCAUCGCCAUAAUCAACCUCAUCAGCCUCACAAAACAGCCUUGGACGCAGCCAGACACAGCGUCGCUCUGGCUUCGUCGCCGCCAACGGCAGCGCCAGCGACAAUUCGCCUGAGCGCCGCCGCCGCGGUCGCACCUACGAAGUGCAUGAAUGGCUCGGCGCUGAUACAGCCAACGGGCCCGACCAACACCAUGGCCCUGCACCCAGCAUACAGCCAAGCACCUGCUAUCAAACCAGUGCCGCUCAUUCAACCGCACCACCAACAUCAGUCGCCGCUUCACCAACACCACCAACUCCACCAUCCGCAGCGCCAGCACGAGAGCAUACUCAUGCCGUCAGCCUGUCUGCCUGAGCUGCCUAUCGCGCCAGCGAGCGGUACACAUGAGCUGGUCGAGUACCCGCCUAUGAAUCGCUACGAGAACCUGCACAGGCCCCAAGCGCAGCAUGCAUACGAGUACAUACGCCUGUUUCCGGUCGCCCCGAUCGACCUGUCCUCGGGCCCGAGGCGUCUUUUGCAGCCCGCCGAGCAGAAGGAGGUCGCCUACUUCCACCCGCCCGGCGUGGGUGCCGAGGCCAAGUGGUACGAGCCCCCGGAGACCAACAACAACGAGCAGGGGUUGCAAGUCAAGGCCGAAUCUUACCCAGUGGCUGAUCUCCCGGCUCCUAGCCCGUCCCAGGCGGUCGAUCUGACCUGCAGGAAACGGCUCAGAGAGGCUCCACACCCCAAUUCACCCCCCAAGAAAAUCAAGAAAGUUGAAGGCGAAGAUGGCGAGAAAGUCGCCGCCAAGCCUGUGAAACUGUUCAAGCCAUAUCUGCCUGAUAAUGAGGAUCCCGUGGAGGUGGAGAGGGAGCAGCCAAACGAGCAGAAGGACGCGAUCAUCUGGAGCAACCACCCGGCCGCGAGUCUAGCCUCCCCGAGCCACGACACGCAGAGCACUCGAAGCAGCAAUUUUCAAUCACCCCCAAUCGACCCAGCCUAUCCGUUUCCCCUCGGCUCGCCCAGCUCCACAACCGAGGCUAAGUUUCAAAGCUCCCCUGCAUCGUCCCUAUACGAUCGCAUCACCCCGCCUGCUAUCACCGCCGCCACGCCACCUUCCACCCUCAUGUGGUGCUCGAAGGGAUCUCCCGUGUCCGGCUACGAUACCGCGUCCACGUAUAGCGAUUCCAGCGAGCCACACCAGCCUGGCGGCCAGCAGCUCUCCCCUGCCUACAAUCACAGCCCCCCGACCACCAGCUAUAGCCUCGACGUCAAAGUGGAACCCCUCGACGGUGGCUACUACCACGACCUGACACGGUGCCAGGACGAGAGGCAGCAGGCCACCCCCGCAAAGUACCCCGAGCAACAUCAUCACGAGGUGCGUAGGUGGCUCCUCGAUCAGCACACGACCUCCACCAGGCCCGGGAUCGCCGUGUACGUUUGAGGAGCCCAAGGAGCAUGGCCCGAAGGGAUCCCACCCCCAGCCCUACUGCGACUUGUUGUAUGUAGAAAUAUAAUUUCAAAUGAAUAUACUCAGCUGCAAGGCAGAGCUUGCAUGAUCAACCCUUGUGUGAUACUUAAAAGAUGAGUUAAGCGAGUGGCGCAGGAGAGACGCUAAUUUCUGACCAAAUUGCAAUUUGCCAUGACACACAUCUAAUUGUUUUUGUCUAGUUUAGAUAAGAUAGUUUUCAAGUAGCGGAUUUAAGGUAGCUCCCUCAGUUAUCGGUUAAGUUAGUCCUUUUAGGUUUUCAGGGGGGCCAUGUUUAGAUGGACCGCGGAGCUAGAUUUUUAUUAUUUUGUGUUAAGUUUCGAUUUCACAAUCUACAAAGAAAGAUAGAAAAUUAAAUGCUAAUUUUAUUGAUAAUCCACAGAUACACAAACACACACACUAUUUUAAAUGGUAAAACCUUACACAUAUAAGCGAGAGUAAAGUGGAAUAUGGAAAAGCUUUAAGAUUAUCUACAAAUUUGAAAUUUACUAAGGUCUAAGAUACGUAGCGGUAAGAGCAGAGGAAAAUAUAUAGACAAAGUAAAAUGAGAAUUAAAUUGUGAUAUUAUUUGGCGAAAGAGAUCCAAUAGGGAAACUCAAGGAAAAUGACAAAAUUCAAAUUAGCUAGAAGACGGCGUUGUUACGUUUUGAUUUCGGAAAUCGGAGAGAGCGAAAAUGGACGAGUGACGAACUCAGUCGUUUCGGUGAAUAAUGAAAAUUGAUGAAUGCGUUACUAAUUCGGAGAUUUACGCAAUUAUUACAUACACACGACAUAUAGUACAAACAAAUAUCAUUUUGUUUUUAAAUAGUAGAGUCAGUUGCGAUUACAACAAGGACGAGAUGCAAGACGGGUCCAUUGAUCCUUCUGGGGGAUGAAAUCCUUCCUUUUUAACACAAAAAAGGGACCUCGAGAUUUUUGGUUCCGAGGGAUUAAAGUGAUAUUUGAAAACUUGAAUACUUAUAGCUGAUCCCUUGAUCAAUGAGUUCUUAAAAAAAUCCUUUUUAUCCCCAAUAGAUAAAAAAGAUUUUUUAAUAAAUAAAAAAGGAUUUUUUGUUAUUCAGAUUGAUUUAAAAAAUUAAAAAAAUUCAGAUUGCUUUAGAAAAUUAGAAAAAAAAGUAAUAAUUCCUCUUCAAAGACCAUGGAGAACCAAGAAUCCCAAGCUAGAAAAUGAUCUCAAUUAAUAUUGCGUAUCUUUUGCUGUCCGUUGUAAUUGUCGCCUUUUGAUGAAAGACCUUACGAACACAUUUUGUGCCAUAAAUCCUUAAAAACCACUCUAAAAAAUGUGUAGAUAAAUAUUACUUCUCAUUUCUCACGAUAUAUCACUAUCAAACCAUAAAAUACAAACAGAUACAAGAAAGCUAAAAAAAAUGCAGUGUGAAUAAUUUUGUCUUUCCUUAAAACCCUUUUCAACAAAAAGAUAUAAAAUUUACAAAAAAAAACAAAAAUCUAAAUCGAAAGCCAUGUCAACGUACUUUUUUUAUGUUAAUUCUUCGAAUCCUCUAAAAUAGAUUACAAGAAAUUAUAUCAGGCUGUGCAAUUUUCAUCUUUUUAAAAUUAACAUUGUGCAUAUAUAUAUAUAUACAAAACUAAAACUAGCGUGAGAAAAAUUUGAAGACAAAUAAAUGAAAUGAUAAAAGAUAAAUGUAAAUAGAUUUA